CUUGUAUCUCCCAACUCUCCUCCGUCCAGCCCACAAUGCAGACCUUGCGCGGCACGCUGGUCGACACGCCCCAGCUCGGCGCCCUCCGCAUCCGCCGCGAUCAUGUCAUCUGCGUCGACGCAUGCGGCGUAAUCAGCUCCAUUGCGCCCGCGUCCGCCACCACGCCCGCCCUCCUCGCCUCCGCAACGCCGCUACCCCGCCACACCUUCCUCCUCCCCCCCUUCGCCGACCUCCAUCUCCAUGCACCCCAGUACCUCAACGCCGGCAGCGGCCUCGACCUGCCCCUCAUGGAGUGGCUCGACGCGUACACGUAUCCAGCCGAGGAGCGGGUUGACGCGGAUCCCGCGCUCGCUGCGAAACUGUAUACGCGCCUCGCGCAGCGCCUCCUCGAGGCCGGCACGGGUGCCGCUCUCUUCUUCGGCACGAUUGGCGUCGAGGCCAAUCUCAUUCUGGCAAAAGCGUGCCAGGACGCCGGCGUACGAGGCUACAUCGGCAAGCUUUCGAUGGACCAGAGCCCCCGCUCCACAUACGGCGAGGCCUCGCCCGCCGAGUCGCUCGCCAAUCUGCACGCGUUUCUGGACAGCAUGGCGACCCUCACGUCCCCUCUUGCGCCACACGAGCGCUUGGUGCAGCCCGUCCUCACACCCCGUUUCGUCCCAGUGUGCAGUGACGCGCUCCUCUCAUCCCUCGGCGCGCUCGCCGCCGAGCGCAACCUCAUGAUUCAGAGCCACAUGUGCGAGUCGCGCGACCAGAUGGCCUGGGUGCACGCCACGCGCGGUCGGAAAGACGAGCACGUCUUCGACACUGCCUGCCUCCUUACUCCCCGCACGGUGCAGGCGCACGUGACGAGCCUCACGCCCAACCUUGUGGGCCUCAUCAAGGAGCGCGGGGUGACGGUCGCCCAUUGCCCGCUCAGCAACGCCUACUUCUCUGACGCGGCUUUUCCUCUGCGCGAGGCACUGGACGCCGGCGUCAAAAUCGGGCUGGGGAGCGACAUCGCGGGCGGGUACGCGCUUCCAGUCCAGGCCGCGAUGCGGAACGCCGUUCUCGUCGCGCGGCUGCGGGAGGGUGCGAAGCGAGAGGCUACCUUCACAGCGGCCGCUGGGGCCGAACCUGCAGUCAAGGACGGGGAGGGGAUCGCAGAGCCGGACGAAUGCAGUCUACGCGUCGACUGGACCGAGAGCUUGUACCUCGCGACGGCGGGGGGUCGGGCCGCCCUGGGGUUGCCGGGCACGUUUAGAGUCAGCGCGCCGUUCGACGCACAGCAGAUCACGUUGGCGGGCGACGACGGGCCGCUCGGGCUCAUUGACUUCUUCGACCUACCGUGCGAAGACGCAGACGACACUUGGUGGCGCGACGCAAUCGAGCGCUGGUGGUGCGUCGGCGACGACCGGAAUCGGACGGGCAUGUGGGUGCAAGGCCGGCGGGUGCGCUAGGCGGAUGUCGGGGGCGACGCCGCCUUCGACGCCGUUGGUCUGCCAUGGAGCGCAGGAGGCUGUGGUCGUGACUGCACGCGACUGAUUUUCGUCUCCCUUCACUCUUGCCCUCCUCGCUCCUUUCCUUUCCCGUACCCCCUGCUGUACGCCUGCAGCCAGUCUCUAAGCCAUCCCACCAUCGCCUACCAAUCCCCGGCUUCUUUAUGCUCAGCUCGAAGCACCCCCUCGGAAACCCACGGCGCCACGAACGAGGGUGUCGGUCGUAUGAGAGCCACAGCCCCCAUUUGUGUAUCCGCAUCGCCGUGGGAGGUGACUCGAGGAUGCGCUAGCCCGCCUCACCGUCCCUAGAUCACGCGCGCUGGCCUGAGGCAGCGACAAGGAGCGGAAAGCGGAACACAAGCAAGCCGACAGAGCGGCCUGCACAGGGCAUAGUAGUGCUUGAGAUGCAACGGAAAGUCGUGCG